AAUCAAUAGAUUUGUACAAGACAGGAAGACAGUCAAGUUACAACAAAAUUUUGCAUUACGUCAAUUAAUUAUUUGAAAUAAUAAUGUGAAAAGUAAUUAUCACACAGCAUGAGACUAUAGAUAGCACACGUAUACGAAGAUGGAAAGCGUAACAAAUUUCUCAGUUUCGCUUAUCAAAGGAUUUAUAGACAGUUUACGAGGUGUAACUGUACUUCUAUAUUUAGAUAAAGAAAUAAAUGAGCGAGCACUAAGUCGUUCUCCACAACCAGAUUUUGACGGCGCGAAACAGAAAUUGAAACAGCCCAAAGUUAAACAAGAAUCAAAAGUACUUACACGAGUGUUGCAGUCGUGCGUUCUCAACGGCUUCAUAUUCUUGCUCAGUAUUUUAGUGUUUGAGUAUGCGCUACUCCCAGCGGUGAAGUACUUAGUGAUUGCGGUGUUUGGGCACAAUCCGGGUGUAGCACAUAGUGUAUGGUCGUGGAUACAACCCUUCCUGUCUAUGACGUUUCGAAUGAUAUGGGUGUUACCACUGUUUCUGUUGAGCAAGCUGGUGAAUAGUUUGUGGUUUCAGGACAUAGCAGACUCGGCGUAUAGACACAGGCGCGGUCGGCCACAAUUCAUGUCGAGUGUGAGCAAAAUUAUCGCUGACUCACUAUUCAGCUUAUUGGUGCAAGCCUUAUUUUUAGUUCAGAGCAUGCUAGUCAGUAUGUUACCAAUAACGUACAUCGGCGAGCUACUAUGCCUCGUGCACAUGUGUCUACUCUACUCCUUGUACUCUUUUGAGUACAAAUGGUUCAACAUGGGCUGGGAGCUACAUAAGCGGCUGACUUUCAUAGAAACGAAUUGGCCGUAUUUCCUCGGGUUCGGUCUACCCUUGGCUGUGUUGACGCAAAUACCCCAGUCUUAUAUUAUUAGUGGUUGCGUGUUUUCAAUAUUUUUCCCUGUUUUCAUUUUGAGCGGGAAUGAAGCCACGCCAGUCACAGGAAGCGAAUACCCUCUCCGUCUGUUCUCACCAGUAGUAGCGAUAUCGAACGGAAUGUUCCGCUUCGUUCGUCACAGCGCUGACGUCAUCGACAAAACCAGAUGAUAAACAUUGUAUUUUAUGCAUUUGUGUGGAAACGGGAACAACGUACCGUUAAAUGUACAUGUAAAAGGGGAUAUCACAUUUUGUAAUUUUAUGACAUUUUUUUUUGUUGAAAUGGAGGGUAGUUGUAGAAUACGUCUUUUUGUAAAAUAUUUUUUAAUUUUUUGUGUGAAAGGCAAACAUGAUGUAAGUCUAUACAAAUAAAUGAAAUUGAUUAUUUGUAAUUUACAUCCAAUUUGUCAAUGUAUUUUAUUUAUUAUGAGUUUUUUCAUCUUGUCAUAUUUUUUGCCAUCUUGGUUCCAGUCACAUAUUUCCAGUCAUAUUAUACAACUACCAAAUCAAGUCUAUUUAUGAAAUGACGAGUUCUACGACUUAUUUCAGCGCAAGAAAACCUUUAAUAAAUCCAAUUAAAUCACCAUUUAUUUAUAUACAGGGCGUUAUUUUUAGGUUUAAAUUUGUGUGUUUUGGUGCACUGUAGUACCAUCAUUUGAUUUUUUCAUACAUUAUUUAACUCGACAUAUCAAAAAAUGAUUAGUCAUAUUAUAUUGUAUUUUUUAUUCUUUCGUUCAAAAAUAUUGUCAUUUUAGAAAAAAUAAUGAAUUUCACUUUUAACGUUUGAUGCUGUGGUAUAUUUAUGUGGUAGAUUUGUACCUUAUAUAUUGUGGUAUAUUUAUAAAUAGAUAAAAAAUGUGCCUUUCCGUUUGAUUGACUUCCAAAAAUGUUAGAGUAAUAUUGAUGAAACUUGUCAAAAGGAAGCAAUAAGAUGUUUGGUAAAAAUCAUGUAAUUCAAAAAUAAACAGGCACAAAUAUCUUUUCAAUGCCAA